AUGAGCGAGCGCACUUUUGUUGUAUGUCGUUACGGGGCCAGCGGUCCGUCGUCGGCGUGUGUUCGGUCUUUGCUCGAGCUAGGCGGGGUCGAGCCUCUCGUAGUGCGCGAGCUUGGCGCGCGUGGUGCGCAGCUCGUGGCGCAGCGCCGCCAGCGCGCGCUGGGCCGCGCUCAGCUGCGCGCGCAGCUCGGCCGGGCUCACCGCGCCCCCCGCACCCUCCUCGCCCGCCGCGCUGGAGCUAGGCGGGGUCGAGCCUCUCGUAGUGCGCGAGCUUGGCGCGCGUGCUCGUGGCGCAGCGCCGCCAGCGCGCGCUGGGCCGCGCUCAGCUGCGCGCGCAGCUCGGCCGGGCUCACCGCGCCCCCCGCACCCUCCUCGCCCGCCGCGCUGGAGCUAGGCGGGGUCGAGCCUCUCGUAGUGCGCGAGCUUGGCGCGCGUGGUGCGCAGCUCGUGGCGCAGCGCGCCGCCAGCGCGCGCUGGGCCGCGCUCAGCUGCGCGCGCAGCUCGGCCGGGCUCACCGCGCCCCCCGCACCCUCCUCGCCCGCCGCGCUGGAGCUAGGCGGGGUCGAGCCUCUCGUAGUGCGCGAGCUUGGCGCGCGUGGUGCGCAGCUCGUGGCGCAGCGCCGCCAGCGCGCGCUGGGCCGCGCUCAGCUGCGCGCGCAGCUCGGCCGGGCUCACCGCGCCCCCCGCACCCUCCUCGCCCGCCGCGCUGGAGCUAGGCGGGGUCGAGCCUCUCGUAGUGCGCGAGCUUGGCGCGCGUGCUCGGCCGGGCUCACCGCGCCCCCCGCACCCUCCUCGCCCGCCGCGCUGGAGCUAGGCGGGGUCGAGCCUCUCGUAGUGCGCGAGCUUGGCGCGCGUGGUGCGCAGCUCGUGGCGCAGCGCCGCCAGCGCGCGCUGGGCCGCGCUCAGCUGCGCGCGCAGCUCGGCCGGGCUCACCGCGCCCCCCGCACCCUCCUCGCCCGCCGCGCUGGAGCUAGGCGGGGUCGAGCCUCUCGUAGUGCGCGAGCUUGGCGCGCGUGGUGCGCAGCUUCGUGGCGCAGCGCCGCCAGCGCGCGCUGGGCCGCGCUCAGCUGCGCGCGCAGCUCGGCCGGGCUCACCGCGCCCCCCCGCACCCUCCUCGCCCGCCGCGCUGGAGCUAGGCGGGGUCGAGCCUCUCGUAGUGCGCGAGCUUGGCGCGCGUGGUGCGCAGCUCGUGGCGCAGCGCCGCCAGCGCGCGCUGGGCCGCGCUCAGCUGCGCGCGCAGCUCGGGCCGGGCUCACCGCGCCCCCCGCACCCUCCUCGCCCGCCGCGCUGGAGCUAGGCGGGGUCGAGCCUCUCGUAGUGCGCGAGCUUGGCGCGCGUGGUGCGCAGCUCGUGGCGCAGCGCCGCCAGCGCGCGCUGGGCCGCGCUCAGCUGCGCGCGCAGCUCGGCCGGGCUCGCCGCGCCCCCCGCACCCGCCGCACCCUCCUCGCCCGCCGCGCCCGCAGCCGCGCUCGACGCGCUCGGAGACGGAGUGGAGCUCUGAAACGACCACGUACGUUGUUAGACGCUGUGGACCGGAACACUAGAUCGAGAACUAAAUAUUAA